AUGCCUGCAGCAACCAAAGAUGCUGCCGGUGACAGAGCGACAGAGACGGCAAACCAAGAGAGGAUAUUUCUAGACUGGGAGAAAAACAAUAAGGAUAUACAGAUACCUGUUUGUUUCCGCAAGAUGUCCCAAGAACCUAGAAAGAAUUUUCCCCACACCAAACAAGUUGGGAAUUACCUAGUGGGCAAAAUAAUCAACAAGGGGUCCUUUGCCAAAGUGAUGGAGGGGUUACACAUCCCCACUGGGGAGAAGGUAGCCAUAAAGGUUAUUGACAAGAAAAAAGCCAAACAAGACUCCUAUGUUUUAAAAAAUAUGAAGCGGGAGCCUUGGAUACAUCAGAUGAUUAAGCAUCCUAAUAUUGUUCAGCUGUAUGAAACCUUGGAGACAGAAAACUCCUAUUACAUGGUGAUGGAACUGUGCCUAGGAGGAGAUCUCAUGGACAGGAUCUGUGAGAAAAAGAAACUAGAAGAAAGGGAAGUCAAGAAGUAUACCAGGCAGAUCAUGUCUGCAGUAGAACAUUUGCAUCGUCAUAAGAUCGUCCACAGAGAUCUGAAGAUUGAAAAUUUUCUUCUAGACGAAAGCAAUGGCAUCAAAAUUGUUGAUUUUGGCCUGAGCAACAUCAUGAAAUCUGAAGGCCUUUCUCAAGAACUGCUAAGCACACAAUGUGGCAGUCCUGCCUAUGCAGCCCCAGAACUCCUGGCUCACAAAAAAUAUGGACCAAAAGUGGAUGUCUGGUCCAUAGGAGUUAGCAUGUUUGCCAUGCUCACUGGCACAUUACCCUUCACUGUGGAGCCCUUUAAUAUCAAGCAACUUCAUCUGAAGAUGGUUAAUGGUGAAAUGAAUCCCAUUCCACCCAACAUUUCCACUGGAGCUGUUCAUUUUAUGCACUCCUUACUUGAACCUGAUCCAGCAAAGCGACCUGCUAUUAAAGAGGCCAUGAAAGACAAAUGGCUGAAUGACAGUAAUAUCAGGAAAUCAGUGAACUUGUUCACAUAUAAAAACAGACUUCAUCCUGAUGAGCUGAAUCCUGUUGUUUUGAGUUACAUGAAGGAGACAAUGGAAUCCAAGCUUUCAAAUGUUGUCAGUCUCCUGAUAAACAACAAACCAUCUUCAAUAACAGCAACUUACUAUUUAUUACUGAAGAAACUAAUGCGCUAUCAAAAGGAACACAGGCCAGUGAAGGUGAGGUGUGAAUGA